GAGCGGACUGUCGCUCGAGUCAGAACUUAGAUUUCGAGAUAUAUAAUUUUUUCGAGAUAUUUAAUUUUAAUUUUUUAAAGUGCAGCUUCAAAUUGUUCAAUUUUUAAGUACGGGUACUGAAACAUGAGUUAUCGUGAAACACAAAGGGUCGACACUAUGCUUGCCAGAAUUUCUUUAUACUUAAAAGAUGAAUGUAAGUUCAUGAAAAUGUGUAACACAGAUAAGUGCAAUUUAACGCCUUUAUACAAUUGCAAUGAACGAACCGCUAAAGCCACUGGCAAGCGUACGGGCGAUAUAAGUAAUGCCAUUGCCCGGGUUAGAGCUCGGCAGAAAAGACAGCAAAUUAUGAUACUUAACGAACAUUUGAAAGACCAAGACUGUGUAGUGAUUGAAGAUGAAAGACAAAUCAAUUUUGUUGAAGUGAAAAGAAAGCGAACAGCAAAAGGGGGAGCAAAGACAGACUCUAAACUAUACAAAGCACGUAUACCGAAGAAAGGCAAAACUAUAAAAAAAAGAAUACAAGAAGACUCCAAUAUUAUUAUAGAUAAUAAUAAAACAGAAAAUCUGAAGAUCAAUAUCGAGUAUCUAAGUUCACCUACAGAUAUAUCUGGUUCAAACAUAUCAAAUUCAUCUAUGGUAAACAUCGAUAAAGUGAUGGAUAAUAAUCAAAGAGAAUUUCCAAGUAUGUCUACAGAGUUAGUAGCGAAUAGAAUUCCACCCUCAACUAAACAAUAUUCGGCACAAACGUGUAAAGAACAACUUGAUCCUCCAAUUUUGCGACAAACACUACAAUUUGAAAAUGAAGUAGAAGAAAACAGUGACCGAGCAGACAUCGGUACUAUAACAGAUAUUAAUCAGAAGAUAGGGUUCCCUAGUACAUUUAUAGAACAAGAAUAUGUAAUGCAACUCGUUCAUCCAAAUCAACGUUGUACAAUACAGUUUGAAGACGAAAAUUCUGAAAAUGAUAGUCAAGUAAACAGUGACACUGAAACAUAUAUUAUUAAAGAGGAAGAAUUUGAGGACGAACAAGAAUUCGAGGCUGUUUCGUACGAGGAACAAGAUUGUCAAAAAUUAGAACACAAAAUAGAUGUAUCGGAUACAUCGUCUUCUGAACAAUUUAUUUACUUUUCUGAAAAUCUGCCAUCUUCUUCUAAGAGUGAUAAUAAUUUGUAUAAAAUCAUAGAGAAUGAAAAUGUAGAAUUCGUUUGUAUUAAAAAUGAGGUACAUUCCAAUUCAUCCGACGAAGAUUGAGAUUUUUAAUCUUUUAAGAAAAAUGUUGUUAGAGUAGAACAAUUUCAUUGAGAUUUUUAAAUAAUAAAAACAGUUUGUAAGUUGAAAAUAUUUUAUCAGUUUGACAUUCACAAAGUACUAUAUUCUUCUGAAUCUUGGCGACUAAGUUUUACCCUUCGUCUAAAGAUUCCUGUACGGUAUAUUUUAA